AUGGAGCAUCGAAGGUUCAUUCCUGGCUCGCAUCUCUGGGAUCAUGACACACCGCCGAGUGAGGAUCUCGCGGUCUACGCAGAACUGGAUCCCGGCGACGCGUUCAUCAUGCUCUCAUCGUGUUAUCACGGCGGAUCAGCGAACACGACCACAGACGAGGUACGAUUUGUAUACAGUUGUCUCAUGACCAAAGGAUUUCUCAGCCAGGAUCUGAACAACGAUCCCGAGAAGCUGAAAGAACUUUAUUAUGACCAGAUGCUCAAACUCAUCGAUUACAACCUUAGUGCACCAUUUCUCGGAUGGAUUAAAGAUGGUCAUCCUUUGGCGGCCCUGGGAAGACAACAGCCGGUGGGAGACAUGUAUUGA